GGGUUGGCUACUGAACUUGCCCUCAUUGAUUUAUCGGAAAAACUUGUUGAAGCCGAAAUUAAAGAUUUGCAAAAUGCACGUGAAUAUCUACCUAAGUGUGAUAUUUAUGGCGGUUCAAAUUAUAAGCUGGCCGCGAAUUCAACAAUCAUUAUCAUGUGCUGCAGUACUCCCUUAGUGCCCGGCGAAACUAAACUGAACCACGUCCAACGGAAUCUGGAUGCCUUUAAAAGGAUAAUACCCCAUAUAGUAGAAAGUAGUCCGAAAAGUAUGAUAAUCGUUCUAGCGCGACCGGUUGACAUCAUGACUUACAUCGCAUGGAGACUAAGUGGAUUCCCGAAAAACAGAGUCUUCGGAAUAGGAACAAUGAUGGAGUCAUCCAAGUUUAGAAUUGCUGUGAGUCAGAAACUCAGCAUAAAUGCCCUUUCGGUCAAUGGUUACGUUUUCGGAGAGCAAGGGGCCAACGCUGAAUGCGCGGGAGUAAAACUGCGAAGCGUGUACCCCGAAUUCGGAACUAAAGCCGAUAAAGAGGGAUACAACUUUAUCCCCCAAGAAAUUACGGAGAGCGACAAUAAUAUAGACAAAGCCAAAGGUUGUGGCUCAUGGUCGCUUGGAUUGGCUACAUGUCGAGUUUGCGAAGCUGUCCUCCAUGAUUUAAAUCUCAUUUUCCCGUUGUCGACAUAUGCGAAAGGCAUGCAAGGGAUCGACCGGGAUAUUUUUAUCAGCCUCCCGUGCCUAGUUAACGCAAAUGGGGUACGUGGAAUUCUCUUUCAACAGCUCAGCGACGACGAAAAGGACCUCCUAACAGCCUCGGCGAAACAGAUGGACGAGCUAAUACAGAGCAUCGAAUGGUAA